UGCGAUUUGUCACGUUAACACCCUGAUAAUCAGGACUGCCACCUUCAAUUCCGGGAAUUUGAGGAACAAGCUAGUUCUGUUGUCUGAAAAAUUCAAAAUUCAACUUGUUUUGCUAUGGCGCAAGACGUUUCCACCGAAGAAGUGAGUUUACAGCAGGUAAGAGAUGCCGAAUACGUUUACAGUCGUCUGAAUGUUCAAACGUCAAAGAAUUCGAACGAUCUUGCAACUAAACUACUUCAAGCCCUCGGGAAGAAGGAUGCUUUAGAAUGCUUGAAACUUCUAGAUGGUGGCCAUGAAACGGUCUUGUCAGAAUACGAAAACUUCCGAAAUGACUGCAAGGAAGCCAACAAGAAAGAGCGGCAGAGGGAAGGGAGAUUUCGGUGCGACUGUCGGGAUUGCUGCACGAAAAUGUUUAACUUUUGUCCCAACAAGUGCAAACCUCGUUGUUGUUCGAACUCUUCGAAAGAGUCUAACGACGAGCAACAAAGCUCCGAACCGCAAGGAUCAGAAGAAGACAGCAUAAAUGAUGAAACGAAACUUAACUGGAUCAAAAUUCUUUCUAACCCUCUGUUCAUUGGUUUGGAAUGGCUAUGGAGAACAGAAUCUGACUGUUCGUGUAAAGUGUGCGAGAAAGAUAGGAAGUUGGAUGGAAAAGAAAAGAAAGAGAAGGAGGAUGUCAUAGAAAGUUCUCUACAUGAUGCAUAUCUACUCGAUGAAACGUCGUCUCUCAAGCACUACAAUAGCCGAGAUGUUUACAGGGAAUCGGCGGAGGCUUACGAAACGUUUGCUGUUGGCGUGCUGGAGAAAGCCGCCCAGAAUGAACUUUACCUGAUCAUGGAUAUAAAAGGAGAGGGCUGCCUGCUGAAAAAUAAUCCUAAUCAACACAGAAAUUUUAUUCAAAGUCUGAGCCUUCUCAAGAGUGCAGUCAAUAAGGGAAGGAAGAAGUUUGUUUCAAGUCCAAGAUGUCAAGCUAUCCUCGAUGCGAUUAUUUUUUACAAGAUGCGGGAUUGGCAGGACAAGAGCAUGGCAAAAAAAUUUUUUUGGUCCCUUUGGCAGUUUGUCGUCAUCUUACUUGUUACUCCUUUUUUCGUUUUCGUUCGACCAUUCAUGAAGACAUGUUGCAGUGAUAUCAGAUGCCAUGCGUACAUAGAGGAAUUAUAUGAGCAUCCCUACAAUAAGUUUGGAAACCACAUCAGUUUUUACAUUGUAUUCCUGGGGCUGCUUUUCGCCUCAACUUUCGGCUUUGAACACGAGUACAGAACAAGUACAACAGGGCUUUCAUCCAUUGAUUAUGUUGUCCUCGUCUUUUUGGGCGGUUUCCUUCUACAAGAAAUUUGGGAAGUUUCUAAACAAGGAUUCCGAAUCUACAUCUCGAAAUGGUGGAAUGUCGUGGACACAAUAACAUUUCUUACACUCCUGGCAGCUUAUAUAGUAUGGCUUGUCACAUGGCUAAGCGUUUAUAAAGAAUGGCAACCGAGGAAGAAUGCCUUCAUCGUGACAGAUGUCUUGUAUGCAAGCGCCACAGUGUUAGCGUUCUUUCACCUAGCUCACGCGUUUCAAGUCAGCUCAACUCUUGGCCCUUUGCAGCUUUCAUUGUACAGAAUGCUGAAAGAUGUGGCCAAGUUUCUUUUCAUUUUUCUGAUGCUUUUCAUUGCAUUUGCAACUGGCCUCAUAAAAAUUUAUUCAUACUAUGUGACCUCCCAAGCGAAACUUCGUGAAGAGGGCGAGAGCAAAUUCCAGGACUUCCAUCCAUAUGCUGAGCACGAGAACACUUUUAUUAGCUUGGUCUGGUUACUGGUUGGCUACGUGGAAGAAGACAAAAUAAGGGUUGAUGAUCCUGCCUUUUACCUUACACAACUGUUUGGUCGCUUGGGUUUCCUCAUCUACCUGGUUUGUACCGUUAUCGUUGCUUUGAACAUGCUGAUCGCCAUGAUGAAUAACUCCUUCGACAGAGUUAUGGGUGAUGAGGACAAAGAGUGGAAGUUUUCAAGGGCUCAAAUGUGGUUAGAAUAUAUCGACAAAGGAAAUGCAAUACCAGUACCUUUUAACCUUCUGUAUUAUAUCUUUUAUUUUUGCUUUUUCCCUAUAUUCCUCGUUUACUGGAUGGUAAGGGGAGACUGCAGAUGCAAUUGUAAUAAGAAGCGAGAAGAGAGAAAAAGAACUGUUGAGUUGCAAGCCAGUCCUAGACCCACUAGAGCAGAAGAGAAUGUUGAAGAAGGCAAUCCACAACAAGUAGAGCAAAAUGUAGAGCAAGGAACUAAAGAUCAGACUUCAGGCGAUAGUAUCGCCUGCUGUAUUUGUCAUGGAUGUUUUUGUUGUUGUAAAUCCGAAACCGAAAACAAACGAAAAGAGACUUCAGGUGAUAGUAUCGCCUGCUGUAUUUUUCAUGGAUGUUUUUGUUAUUGUAAACCCGAAACCGAAAACAAACGAAAAGAGACCUCGGGCUAUAGUUUUGCCUCCUGUAUUUGUGAUGGAUGUUCCUGUUAUUGUAAACCUGAAAUCGAAUACAACCGAGGAGAGGGACGCGGGGAAGUUAUAGCAUCAUGUGUUAAAAAGUAUGUGAACCAGAUGAGGAACACUUAGCACGGAGGACUUUAAAGGAGUCACUUGUUGAUGAAAGAGAUGACCGAAAUCGAAAGAGGGUUGCGUAAACCCAUUUACAGGAACUGUAGGCCGUUUUGAUGAUGUAUAAGAUUUUUGUUUUUAUUGCAAGAAAAUUUAAGACCGGCCCACAAUUUAAAGUGCGGGUAGGAAACGGAAUUUAUCGUAGUUAGUUUAAUGUAAUUUUUGGGGGGAUCUAACGAACUCGUAUUUUGUGUUAAGAAAGGACGAAUUCUUCAGAUUUCUGGUCUAUGUUUGCUAAUAUAUAUAUCCAUUAUAACCGCUUUGGCUGCUGUUUUCCCCAUAUUCACCCGUCUUUAUAUCAAUUGCUUCAUUUGUGCUGUCAUGCAGCGGUAAUGUAUGAUUAUUCUUUUUAUCUUUGACUUCUGAAUAGUAGAAGUUACUCAGUAUGAUAAAGUGGCGUUUUCUUGAUUUGGUUUCCUUUGUCCCCUGUCCUCCGCCCCCCUAGUGCAGGGUUUCAGAUCGGCACGCCCCCUCCCCCUCUCCUUUCAGUCCGAACUACCAACUUUCAGGAAUGUUAAUAGCCAGAGGAAGAGAGCACGUUUUUGUAACAAGAUUUGUUUGGGUGUGGUUAAUGUUGACGUAGUCUUAGUUUGUGUUUGUAUAAAUCACAUCGAGCAGUCACACAACUUGCCGAUCCGAAACCUCGCUUCUUUUGAGGCAGAUGAGUUCUACUUAGUUCACUUGGGUUUUGGUGUGAAAAAUCAUCUUUUCUUUUUCUUUGUUAUUUUUACUUUCUUUUUUCUUAGAGUUUCUUUUAUUUUGCCCUCGUUCCUUUUUCCAGUUGUAGGUACCCAUACCUCCCCUUCUCCCUUAAAAAAUUACUGGAGGACCUUCCGCGUUAUGGGGCUCACUUAAAUAAUAAGCUUAUCAAGUACUUUAACGGAGUCUUAAUUAUGUAAGAUAAACUUGAUUUGACUUAUUUUUAUUAUUUAACUUUGUAUAUUUAUCCUUUUACAAGUGUGGUUAUCCCUAUAGCUUACCCAUUGUAUCAUUGUAUUCUAUAUUUUUGACGCUCAGUUGUGUAUUAAAUUACACCCAAAGUGUUCCUGAACAUGGGGUGAAAUCACUAGACUCUCGAAUACGUUGUCUCUACUACAAUCUUUGAAAGUGAGAACUAACAGACGGUUCGUUCCGAGCACAAUUAGUGGUGAUGUUAAUCUAGCAAAUCAAUAAUGAUUUUUUAAAUUGGCAGAGGGGUAGUAAAUAGCCACACAAUCGCGUAAGGAAAUAUAACUCAUUAACUCUUGGGAAACCAGUCCCGGAAAAUCUAAGUAAAUAGUUAUCUUGAAAGAAUAAUUGUUAUUAUACAGGUGUAGUUUA